ACGAUCUAACGCUCAGAUUCAGAUACUUAUGUAGGUGGAUUGUGCAGGAGAUCGUGACGCACGUAGUUGUAACCGCGACGACAUGUUCUUUACAUGAACGAAAAGAUCCUGAUCAUGAAUCAUUAUAUCACCAGGGGUAGCUGCAGCGUCAGCGGGAGGUGGGAGACCCGAAGAAGUGGGAGCACCAGCUACACGCCCGGAGAGCGACGACGUACCUGCAGUUCCUCACAGAAGAUCUUCCAAAAGAUGAAAGUGCCCCUCUCAAGCUUAACAUCAACGCCUGCGGGUCUACUACUCCUGCUUACCGUCCUGACAAAUCUCCUCCACACGGCGACACCAGUUCUCGCCGUCGAUCAGAAGGACAUUACGUCCGACAUUGACAAGGUGAUGCGAGACGAGGCGAAAAUCCAAGCCGCCCACGCCGAGUCCACGGUGAGUUCGCACAAGCAUCAACUCCCCCGGUGGGGCGAGCGCGGGUAUUACACCAAACUCCACAGCAUCGUGGUCACCGGUGCGGAAUUAGAGCCGGAGUUCAGCCGAGACAACUUCUACUACAACGUGGUCGUCCGGAGUGCGCGGGACCGCUUUUGCCACAUCAUGCCGGACCUGGCGUUUCACCAUUUUCCGCCCCGGUACCCGCCAAAACUGUCGCUGGACGGGAUCGAGCACGUGUAUUCGUCGCUGGAGCCGAUUCUGAUCCCAUUCCAUCUGAACGAAACCAACGCAGCUUUGGACUACACGGCCGAGUUGCUGGUCUCCGAUCCGAAGGACGAGUACAACGCGCACACCUACUACUUGCGCAUGCUGCAGGCACCGGCGCCGGAUCUGGUAAAAAUGGUUCGGUCAAAAUGUAGAAGUAUCGAGCAGUUUGCUCAUGGAAGUACACCUGGACGGAGAAGUCAUGCCUCUGCUAGAGUCAUGUCAAUUCUUGCGUUUUUAUGUCGGUGUAUAUAGAGAGAAAAAAAUAAAAAGCCGCGUCACCACAGCUCCGCCUCACGUCCGUGUAUGUCUAUUCGCAGUACGGGACUCUGAUCCAGGAGUCGACGAAAACGAAAAAACUGCACAACAAGUUUCUAUACGUCCUCUCCACGCUCCACGAUUACGUGGACAUUUACGCCGAGUGCGACCCGGAAACGCCCUACUACAAGUGGGACGGAGAGAUUCUUUCCCCCGGGUACCCCUAUCGGCAGUACAUCCGGCACCCCGUGGAGCACGUCAUGGUGUCCUGUGCCUACAAACACCCCCGGUGGACCGGCGGAUCGGAAAUUCUGCGCACAUACCUGAUCAAGCUCGAGAAACCGGAAGCGACGGAUUUAGAGUAUUUAUGUUUCGAUACAACCAAUAGCGCCUCUUUGUGGUGCGGGCUAUGGCUAAUAAGAGGGCACACAGCUUGUGCUUGAACUUCUAACUGCAUGACUCCGAAAAUAAAUUCUCCUCUGACAUGAAAUCGAAUCUGCAAACAAGCACCUUCCCCACAUCAACAAACAUAUCAGGUCUGUGAAGUUCAACCUCCAAACUCCCGCGGGGCUCGGUUCCUGCGAACAGAAAAGAAACGGCGCUUUCGUGUGCCGGCAGUUCACCUUUCAGGCGACCUUGAUCGCGACCUUAUGGCGUUCUCAAUUUACAUCCUCAACUGUUGCAUGAAUUCAAUUUGUUAUGCAAGAAUGGCGAAAGGGAAAGUGAGAGGAGGGAGCUUGUGCGUCUUGCAUGACAGAUUUGGUACAGAUUUAGACGCUGUUUAGCCAUUCGAGAACUUGUUAUGCGAAGCAGCUUAAUUGGUCAUUUUGCAUGACAAAUCAUGUAACAGUUGAGAAUGUAAUGUUUGCGAACCCCAUAGACCUGGAACGCGACGUGUGAGAUCAAAAUGUACGACUCGCACGACCACGAGACGAAACUGUUGAACGGGCUUCCGACGAUUCUGCAGCAACCGAACGGGGUGGAGGAGUUCAAAAUCGUGAUGCACGGCGGCAUGGGCGCGAAGCGGACCAUUCCGCUGGAACUGCAAACCGACACAAAAUCAUCCCACGACAAGUGGUUUGGCGCCAACAUGGUCCGGAUUGAUUUGAGCAAAUUGGUGGUCGUGUCCCCGAUCAUGGGAGAGGGGCAUUGCAUCCACGACCCGGAGGACAGAGCGAAGAUCUACUGCACCACGCACUUGCGAAAAGUGCACUUGAUGGUAGUACGUCCUUGCACCUACAUCUUUGCGCGUGAACAGAGCCCUUUACAAUAUAGUGCAUGAGUUUUCCAACACAAUAAACAAUAUAGAAGUGCAUGAGUAUUCCACCAUGCUGCAGCUUCUGCAAGUAUCACGGGAUCGACCCCGCCAAUAAAUUAUUUCCUUUACGACUCGUCAUCAACAGGUCAUCUACGGCGAGCCUGACGGGAUUACCGCGGAGUUCCGCCGUCCCACGCAGGAGAAACUGUGCGACGUGCAGUUAGGAUUGCCAACCGACCCGAUUUCCGUAGCAACGGGGAAGCAAGGAACGACGUUGAUCCUGCAAGUCUACAAAAACGGCGAGCCUUAUCACCACUACACGGUGUACCUCCACACCACGGUGCAGAAGGACCAAAAGUUCGACGAGUAUUUAGCCACCGGGCACUUCUUACCCACCGCGAAAUCGGAGCAAAACACGGAGCCGCCGAGUGAACGGGAAAAGGAACGGUUGGAAGCGAUCCAGGCGAGCAGCGUGAUGGGACAGAUAUCCCAGAAGUCGGCUACAACUUUGAGACGGGUUUUGAAAGGUGGAGAUGAUGAAGACCAUAAGGUCAGCGACGAACAAAGUAGUUCCGCGUCACUGAGGACAACAGCACGUGAAGACGACCAGGACCAGCAAGGAGCGAAAUCAAGCAGGUGGUGGCAAUCAGGAACGCCAAUAGCUCUCCGCGAAGCCGUCAUCUCGUGGUGGCAAGCGACAUUUGGUGGGAAAGAAGCAUCAGCUUCGACGUCAGACCAUGCGAGAGGUGCAAAGAGUGACGCUGGUAACGAUGUUCGUCCUGCAUCGGCAUCGUCCACGACCGGCAAAAUUACAACAUCUUCCGAGCUGCAACUCGAGGAGACCAAUGAUCCCAGAGAAGACCCUGAGGAGCAGACCGAGAAACUGAAAUCGAUCAUGCAACGCCUCGGGAUGGUAACAAAACAGCCGACACCUUCACGGGCGAAAGACGAGGAAGUACAAGUAGAUGAAAGUACAACCACCGGCAACCUGGAGAGUAAACCUGAUACGGCUGAGCAAGCAAAGACGAAACAGGCUAGAAGUGCACAGGUAGUCAACUAUUUGGAGCACGAGGACGAAAAACCCGACUCGGAUGAGGAAGAUGAUGAAAACCAAGAGCAAAUAGACCACGAGAAGCAAGAUGAAGAUGAUAAGAUCAAGCGGCGUCAAGGAGCAACACAAACAGAACGAGAAGGGCUGCGCUACACUUCUGGUAGUACUGCAUCUUCACCAUCACCGGCGAUGGAGGAGCAAAAAAAAACCGAGGGGAACACGCAGGAGAAGAACGACGGGCUCGAGGGCGUUGCUGUUUACAUCUAA